CACUGAGGAAACCACAGUGCAAACACACCAGAAACUGGCCAGCAGAGCCUAAACAGCAGGAUAUACUGUCAAAGUUUGGGACAAGAGAAGACAACAAAAAGGCAGAGGAGAAAACACUGAGGAGUGAGUGGAGUAUAAGGAUCAUGGCACGAAUCUGGAGCCGGUUAACCUGGGCAUUACUGUUCUGUCUGCUGCUGCUGCAGCUGUCUGAAACUCACUCAGGAAUUAAACACAGACUCCGAAAAAGAGAACUCAGCCACAAGGACUUUGAGUACCCCAGCCCCUCUCAGAUCAUGCAGCACCAAAAAAACGACAGAUGCCCACCUCCACCCCAGAUGCUCCCUGAUCGGGCUUGUGACGUGCCAGGCUGUCGCUCAGACUCAGAAUGUGAAAGACACAAACGCUGCUGUUACAAUGGUUGCAUCUAUGCCUGUCUAGAAUCAGUUCAGCCUCCUCCUGUGUUGGACUGGUUGGUGCAGCCAAAGCCACGGUGGCUUGGAGGAAAUGGCUGGCUCUUAGAUGGACCAGAGGAAAUUCUACAGGCUGAGGCCUGCAGCACUACCAAGGAUGGGGACGAGCCCUUACAUUGUCCUACAGGAUAUGAAUGUCACAUCAUCAACCCUGGGAACCCUGCUGCUGGUAUACCUAACCGAGGCCAGUGUAUCAAACAACGGGGGAACUCAGAUGGCCGUAGCCUAAGGCACAAGUACUUCAAAGGUUACAAGGAUAAUUUAGCAGGAAGUAGCUCGGACAAUGCACUGGGUUAUGAGAAACAUCACAAGCACUUAGGCUAAAGCAGCACUCCAUGAUCCAGCCAGCAGAAACGGGACUUUAUUAGCCAACCAGAUCCAUAAACACAUGGACCACAACUGGAUGUUCUUUCUCUGACUUCUAUUUUUUGUUGCUUUAAUAGGUGCUAAAUAACGAAAAACAAAGUUCAACAUGUGCUACCUCUUCCAAACACACCACAGUAUUGUUAAACAAUUCAUACUCUAUAAGUCAGUCUUUGUCAAAUUCAAGGUUGUGAUCAUUUUUAAGUAAAAAUAAAC